CACCAACAGAAAUGACAUGUCUGAGGAGAAGAUGAUGAAGCGGAAAGAGUUCAUUACAGGCGACGAUAUUGAUAGGAGGCCCACGGAUAUGCAUGUGAUACACCACUCAGUGUAUAUAACCUCCUAACUUUGAGUCUCCUCUAAGUUAGUAACAAUGUCGGUCCAACUUGAAGUACCACUCAUCUCGUUAUCUGGAAUCCGGCGACCAUUGUUUCCUUCAGAUCCACCAACCAACCAAGACAUCCUAAAGGCAGUUUUCUUCCUUGAGGACGUGAAGAAGUUUUACCAGCCUCCCCCAUUCAUGAGAAGAGUGCGCGGGGACGUACGUCAGGCAACUUUUCAUGACAUCGCGAAAGCGCAGCUGUAUCUACACAAGGUGUGCAGCGCAGCCACGGCUGGGACAGGUGAAAAAGUAGAGCCUCAAGCCAUCUUGGAUCCCGAACCCAUUCAUACAAGGCUGGAUCGGAUGAAUGAGACACUUGUUCGGAUGAUGGACGAUUCCAGGAUCCACGAUUCUAGGAUUCACCGUCUGGAGCAACAGCUUGACUCUGAUUCCGCUGGACAGGGGUUCCAACACAUGGAGCAGACAUUGGAACCUGAGGCAAGUGAGCAUCGACAGCGGUUCCGCCAUCCAGCGAUUGAAAACACACACUUGUUAUAUGACAGGAACCAUUUUUUCAACGACUUACUACUGUACGAACCGAUCCCGAUCUGGUGGAAGAAUGCGGAUCGAAAACCGGAGAUCUUUGGAUUGCCGCCUUUACGCACGAACAACGACUUCAACAACCUCACCGAUAAUGACUUGACCAAAUGUCUUUAUUACUACAAAGUUGACAUUGAUUAUCGAAGUACUAGGGAAACGAAAAUCCAUUGCCUCCGAUCCUUCAUUAUCGGUUGUUCGCGUAUAGUAUACAUCAAGCAGAAAUGA